CCUAGCAAUUUCAUGGCAAUUGCUUUAUGCUUCUUCCUUUUUCCUUCAAAGCCUUUUAUUUAGUUCUCGACCCUAUAUAUUAAGGGCCCGAAACUCCUCUUUGUUUCACAAAAAUGGAACCCAUUAAAAUUUCCAGAUCUUUUCGUAGUUUUUCUCCAAAGAAGCUUACGUUGAGUUUACUACAAUCAAAAUCAAAAUCAAAAUCAAAAUCAAAAUCCUUAAGCUCUCCUAGGACUCCAAAAUCACCAAUUACGACACCACGACGAAACUCGAGUAGUAACAACUCAAGAGAGGAGGAAUAUAAGGAAGUUUUUCGUCGUUUUGAUGGUGAUAAUGAUGGAAAAAUUUCUGCACAUGAACUAAGAUCCUAUUUUGAAUCUGUAGGAGAGUAUAUGUCCCACGAGGAUGCUGAAAUAGUGAUAAAUAAUCUUGAUACGGAUAAAGAUAAUUUUCUUGAUUUUCAAGAUUUUAUGAAGCUAAUGGAGAAAGAAGGUGAAGAGGAGGAUUUGAAGAGAGCCUUUGAAAUAUUUGAAUUGGAAAAAGGUUCGGGUCGGAUUACGCCCAGAAGUUUGCAGAGGGUUUUGAGUCGAUUAGGGGACUCGAAAUCAUAUGAUGAGUGCGUGGCUAUGAUUCAAGUUUAUGAUAUGGAUGGUAAUGGCGAACUUGAUUAUCAAGAAUUUCAGCAAAUGAUGAUGGCUUGAAUUUUAUUAAGGUUUUCUUGAUUAUGCUUUUAAGAAAAUAAUGUGUAAAAGUUUGAUUUUUGUGAAGUAAUUGUAUAUAAAAAAUAAAGCAUGCAAAAGCAUCUGCCGUGAAUAGUAAUUACUAAUUACUGCAAUUUGUGUGUGGAAAGAAAUUUACGGUUUUUAAGUUUCCUAUUAGUUAGUAAGUUUCUACCGUGUUUAUUUAUUAUGAAAAUUUUAUUCCUUUUCUAGCUA